AUGGCUCAUCGUUAUGCGUCGGUGCCAAACCCCGGUCCUGACCACGAGGUGACUCAGCGGAGGAGGGAGGAUGAGAUGCAGGCUGCCUUCGACUACUCAGACGACGAAGACGAUGACCACAACUCCUCAGAGGCCCAACCUUUAAACCCUACACCCACCUCUCCUACUAGAACCCACCCACCACCUGCUCAAUCUUCACCUGGGACCUACAAUUUUGAAUCAGUCGAUUACGACUAUCCUCCCCCAGGAUCGCCCCCACCACCCUCUGCCGUCGCACUUCCAAAUAAUUAUGGAAACUCCAACGGCUUUAUCCCGACUUUCGACGUACCGCAGAACCGCGGAUCCAGCCGUAUGUGGUUCCGACGAGCAGCAUCAUCAAUUCUUCCGGCUUCAGUCCUUACUAGGAUUGGAGUACUGCCGCAGCGACCAUCAGGCCCAGUGGGCGGAGGAACAAACAACGACGGGGUUUUUGCUAAUGUAACGGCGAAGCCGACCGCGCCUGUUAGAGUGCAAGAUGGGGAUGAUAUACACAUUGUCCCUGAGGACACAAUUCGUGAAGCGCCACCGUCGUAUGCGUCUGCGCAGGCAGACGCCGUCCCACCAUAUUGGGAGACGACCAUACAUGCACCCUUUGCCCCAGAUUCUGUUGGAGACAUGAUCAUCGAUUCGUUACCAACUGGCUCUUUGUUCUCGUUUUGCUGGAAUCUCCUUGUCUCUAUCUCGUUCCAAUUUGUUGGCUUCCUGUUGACAUAUCUACUGCAUACCAGCCACGCAGCUCGACUGGGAUCAAGGGCAGGUCUUGGUGUUACUUUGAUCCAGUACGGCUUCGCACUGCGCACUCGGCUUGAUCAGAAUUCAGAGGUCAACACCAAUAACGAUUGGAAUUAUUGGAAUCCAGAAUCAACAUCUGGCACUGGAACGAUUGAUUCAUCCUCCACCUCUUCAAUAGGCAACUUCACUUGGUCAUCACCGAAUGCCAACAUUACCGAUGAACAGACAAGUGCAAUUGUUGCUGAUGCCACCACAGAGUGGCUGUCGUUCUUUUUGAUGACAGUUGGCUGGUUUGUACUAUUAACAUCAUUGCUCGGUUUUUGGAGAGUCAAACGCUGGGAACGAGGUAUUCUCGCCUCUCGACGUGAAAAUCAGCCACCUGCGCCUCGGAAUGGUCCAGCGAUUGGCAUAGUCUCUCACCUGGAAUCGUCAUUUGGGCUGAGAGGUGUCUCACGCUCAGACUUUUUCCGUCAGGGCUUCGGACUUGGCCCGAGACGGCCUGACGCCGAUGAGACGAUCCGCGCUGCAGAGGAGGGAGAUGCACCACACAGUGCCGAAGCACAAGAGACUGACCCAAUGCUUACACUAGACCCAGCUGAUCCUAACAGUCGUGCAGUCAUUGAAGCAUAUGCCAAUGAGCAGCGGCUACAACGCGAUUUGCGUGAAGCGGGAUUGCUUCUCUUCCCCGCUGCUAUCAUGUCUUUGAAGAUACGACAAGCGACUGAGAAGGAUGCCCCUUUUCUAUCUCAGAUAUGUUUACGUACCGGCGACGCCGGCAAGACCGCAGAGCAUCUUCAUGACUUCGGGGAGCUUCCAGGAUUGGUCUACGCUGUGCCUUAUGUCAAGCUGCCCACGACAUGGGGUUUCGUGUUGGAGCGUGAAGGCUCAAAUGAAGUAGUCGGAUACAUUUUAGGGUCUACGGAUACUCGUGCCUACGAGAAAUACGCAUCAGAGCACUGUUGGCCAGCUCUCGCAGAAAAAUAUUCGCCUGAGAAGAUGGUCAAACCGGCCGAUAUACAUUACGCAAAGCUACUCCACAAUAUGCAUACAGCGCCAGACGCCAAUAUAGCUUUCUCACCUGCCCACUUACACAUUGACAUUUUGGAGGAUUACCAAAAGCAGGGAUGGGGUAGGAAACUUAUCGCUACCGCUGUGCGUUUUUUGGCGGAACAGGGUCUGGAAGGAGUUUGGUUGGGUUUGGAUCCACGAAAUGAGGGCGCUAGAAAAUUUUAUCAGAGGCUUCGCUUCGUGAACAUUGAAGGAGCGCCAGAUGCCAACCAGAUGGGGCUCAGGUUCGUAGAUUUCGAGUGA